AUGGAUAGCGAUGCUCCGGAUUCCAAUGCGGGCUCUCCGGACCUAGACCUGGAGCGCAAUGAGGCCCGCGGCUUCUUGAUGAAUGGGUCUGUGUCGCAGUUCUCGUGGAGUGGACUCAAUGUUACUGUAAAGGAUCGCCAGACGAAGCAACCGCGUGAUCUGAUUCAUGAUAUUAGUGGUGAUGUGCGACAGGGAGAGCUGGUAGCUUUGAUGGGUCCUUCGGGGUGUGGAAAGACAACAUUGCUGAACGUGCUGGCUCGGAGGCCUGCUACUUCCGGUGCGAAAGUGACUGGGGAGACCUAUGUCAAUGGAGCCACGGUUGAGUCGAGUGCGUUUGGUCGCAUGACUUCGUAUGUUGAGCAGGAGGAUGCGUUGAUCGGGUCGAUGACUGUGCGUGAGACGUUGAAGUUUGCGGCCGAUUUGUCGUUGCCUAGCUCGGUGUCAAAGCGCCAACGGAUGGAACGAAUUCGGACUCUCCUCGAGGCGUUUGGCAUCCAGAAGCAGGCAGACUCGCUGAUUGGAACUCCGAUUAGGAAGGGGAUUAGUGGUGGUCAGAAGCGGCGUGUUAGCGUGGCGAGCCAGCUGAUCACCUGUCCUAAAAUUUUGUUUCUGGAUGAACCGACCAGCGGCUUGGACUCGACUGCGAGUUACGAGGUUAUUUCAUAUGUAAAGGAGCUGGCGAGGGAAAGCAAUAUCAUCAUCAUCGCUAGUAUCCACCAGCCUUCGACGACAACGUUCCAGCUAUUCGAUAAGCUACUUCUCCUUUCGGGCGGACGCACAUGUUUCUUCGGUCCCGUUUUGAAUAUCGGCGAUUACUUCCGAGACAUUGGCCAUCCUAUCCCGGGCAAUACCAACCCGGCGGAGUUCCUUCUUGACAUCGUGAGCUCGGACUUCAGUGCUUUGACUGAUGAUGCGGAUGUUCGAGUACAGCAGAUUCAGUCUGCUUGGAAGGAGUCUUCUGAGAUACAGGCUGUGACUCAGAAGAUAUCUGAGAGGUCUCAUAUGGAGGAGAAGGGCCUGGCAGUUGGCGGGGAUGAUCUGGCUCGGGCGGGAGUUUUCAAGAUCAUCAUGACACUGCUCCAUCGGUCAUUCAUCAAGAGUUACCGGGAUGUGGUUGCCUAUGGAAUCCGUAUUGUGAUGUAUCUUGGUCUUGCGAUCAUGAUGGGAACGGUGUGGUUACGCUUACAUCCAUCUCAGGAUUAUAUCCAGCCUUUCAUCAAUGCAAUCUUCUUCGGAUCGGCUUUCAUGUCUUUCAUGGCUGUGGCAUAUGUCCCAGCCUUCCUCGAAGACCGAGCAAAUUUCGCCAAAGAACGAGCCAACGGACUAUAUGGCGCAACGCCAUUCAUGAUCUCGAACUUCCUCAUCGGACUACCCUUCUUGUUCCUGAUCGCAAUCCUCUUCUCGAUUAUAUCAUACUGGCUCUCCAACUUCCAACCCACGGCCGUGGCCUUCUUCACCUGGGUGAUGUGGCUGUUCCUCGAUCUUCUCGCCGCCGAGUCCUUGGUUGUAUUUGUCAGUGCGAUCUUCCCAAAUUUCGUCAUUGCUCUCGCGCUAGUUGCUUUCGCAAAUGGGCUCUGGAUGAGUGUGGGCGGGUUCUUGGUAACACCGACGAUCCUCAAUCCUUUCUGGAAAUAUGUGUUCCACUACAUCGACUAUCAGGCUUAUGUGUUUCAGGGAAUGAUGGUGAAUGAGUUUUCCGAGAGGAUUUACUCGUGCGGUGAUGGGUGCCAGUGUCUGUAUGAUACGGACUUGGCGUCGCAGUGCCAGAUUCGUGGGAGUGCUGUUUUGGAGACUUAUGGGUAUGCCACUGGCCGCACAGGAAAAUGGGUUGGCAUUCUUAUUGGUAUCAUUGCUGUAUAUAGACUGUUUGGCUGGAUUGCUUUGCAAGUGCGUAAGAAUUAAGGCUGCCCAUGGCAGGGGCAAGGAGGACCAGUACAUAGGG